UACGUCAAUCCACCUGACCCGUCAGACUUUUCUCCUGACACUACAGAAUUACAGAAUUGCCCGUGGCCCCCCUGCCUCAUUUCCCUGAAAAACAAGUCUGCCCUUUUACCGAAAAUUAAGUCUGGCCCAUUGUUGUUCCCGCCGAACUUCUGCAUUAUUAUCAAAAAUAUGCUGCGUUGACAAAACUGUUGUUAAAAUGUGCUCCAGAGAACUUCUUGUACUCUUCCCUGUCAUGUAUCACACAGAAGACAUGUCUCGUGGACCAAUCUCCCAAUCUCCCUUUAUACAAGCACAAUGACUUUAAAGGAGUAGAAGCGAAGCUGAACUUCAUUCCAGGAUGAAGAUCCUCCUCCUUAUCACCCUGUACUUUAUCUCAGGUCCAGUGGGUCACUCUGAUGUGAUUGGAUACUUAGGUGGACGUGUUAUGAUACUCUCAGAUCUGCAAUGGGAUUUAGGAGAUACUAAAUCUAUUCAUAAACUAGAACAAAGUCAUUGGGAUUAUAUAAUAAACAAAAGCUCCAACAGAAGUUAUGUUUAUACAGAGAGAUUAAUGUUGUUUAGAAAUGAUCAAGGUUUACUGAGAGUGUUGAUCACAAACUUGAAGGAACAGGACGCAGGAACAUACAGGAUUGGAGUUGGCAAUCACAGCAGUUUCAACGUGACACUGGAUGUACGAAAAGAUCCUAAUUGCACGGAGCCAAAAACAACAAGCUUUAACAAAGGACAAAAUAUCAGCAUCGUCUGUAAAUAUCCUCUGGAGUUUAAAGAAUUUAACAAGUAUAUUUACAAAGAGGAUCAUGACAAUCUCGUUAAAGAUGUUCGGGCUAUUAUACCAAAGUUUUCAAAGACCAGAUUUUUACUUUCUUAUGAUGGAAGUGCUAAAGUUCUCAGUUUGAACAUCACUGACAUGAGAGAAGCUGAUGCAGGAGUUUAUUUAUGUGGUGUGAUGAACAAAGAGCAGCACGUGCUGUAUUACUCCUUCUUCCAACAGAUUCAGUUACGUACUACAGAUCCUGAAUCUGUCAUCAUCAGUGUGUGUGUCUGUGUGGCUCUGCUGCUGUGUGGAGGAUUUGCCCUGAUGCUCUACAUACUGAUAUACAAAAGAACACAAGACUCUCCAUGUUCAUCCAAGAGGAGGCUCAUAGACAAUAUACAGAUUUAUGAGAACGACCUGGCUAACAUACAUGUGUAUGUAAACACAUUAACAAGCCAGUCAGAUUCAAGGUACCAAAGACUGGAUCCCCUCACCAACCAAUCCGAUACAGGCUAUGCGUCUCUGACUAACAUCGCCGACCGAUCACAUUCACACUACCAGUGUCUGAAUCCUAGAACUCUGACUAACUCUAUUUACCACACUCUUCAGUUUUAGUGUUUAUUCUAUCAUUUAUUCUUUUUAUUCCCAUUAUGAUACUUGAUUUUGAUCUCCUAGUACAAGAUUUUUUCUAUACCACUAUUUAGAAACCUAUCUCAUUAUCCAAAGAUCAGUUAUAACACCUGAAAGUCUUUUAGUAAUUGACUGUAUGCUUCAUAGAUGUUAGUAUUGUAAGUGAAAUCACACAGUAAGUGAAAUUUGAUUGUAAAUUGAUCUAAAGACAAAAACAAAAACAACAACGACAGGUAAAUUGUCUACUUUAAUAAUGUCAGUUUUAAAUCCUUUCUCUGUGGAUAUUACACUGAUCUAAGCUUCAUGCUAUUCUCCUAGGAACUAAGGUUAAUAUGGCUGGUUCUUAUACUGUAUAACAUUAUGUAUAUUAAUAAUGUGUGUAAUAUACGCUAUGUGCUUGUUCUGUCCCUGUGUAAAGAGUGUGUAAUUAAAAUGCAUUGUGUGUUGGA